AUGUCCUCUCCGCAAGCCGUGGCGACACAGACCAGCCUGGCCGUCUCCAACCCGCGCCCAUUGGCCACCCGGCCCGCCCUGCCCGACCGCAACGUGACGCCCGACACCAUCGAGGACGCCUACGUGCGCUUCAUCUUCUACUGCAAUCCCGCCCUGCCCCUCGACGCCGACACCGACAGCCUGCGCGAGGCCUUUGCGAACCCGCCCCGGAGCGGAGGCAAGAGCUUCAGCCCCUUUCUCAUCUUCGACCUGGUCCAGCGCUUCUACCGCAAGGAGAUCAAGACCUGGACAGAACUGACCACCCGCCUGGGCGUCGAGCCGCCGGACCUGUCCAAGGACGAGAGUGCGCAGAAGGUUGCCCAGUAUGGCGUCCGCUUAAAGAAAUGGAUGAACUCGAUGCACGUCAAGGCCUUUUUCGAAUACCUCAUGGACAUCACCAACGACUACUGGACCAAUGUUCCAGACGACCCAAACCCCACCAGCCAGCCCGUCCGUGAUGGCGUUGCCAUCGAGGACGACAUGGCCCUGAGGGCCCUUUUGCCUCACAUCCGCCCCAAGAGAGGCCGCAAGAGGCCAGAAGCCGAUGACAGCGUGGGCUCCCCGGUGGCCCAGCGGCAGCGCCUAUCGCCCCCGUCGGCAGUCGAUGCUCAUCGGGCGUCGUGGUCGGCUCAUCCAGAUGCCCGCGCCCAGGGCAUGCCGAUGGACUCGUUGAGGCCCGGCGUCGCGGCUGCUUGGGGCCUUGGCGACUCUGUGCAGACUCCGCUCUCCCGAUAUCCCAACUCCGCCAUCACCCCCUCGACCAGGAGCUCCUUCUGGGACGAUGCGCUGGAGCCCCGUUCCGCCAUCACUCCCUCCAAACCAAGGCCCUCUACCCACAGGCGAGGGCCGAAGAACGUAUCUUCGGCCUGGAAACCCGGGGGAGGCGACAGCAGCUCCAAACCAAGGGGAAGGCCCCCCAUCAACCGCACACCCGCAGAGCCUUCUCCCCCUAACCCUCCGCCCAUGACAUCGUGGGCCCCGACCCCGGACAGCAACCCAUCAGACCCUCCCGUGGCCGCCAUGUCCAAAGAACCUGUGCCGUUAGCCCCCGACGCAGCCCAGAUGCACCCGCAGAUUCGCAACCAGGUCGUUUCCGCUCGCGGCGAUCCGGUCGCGUCAAUGCAGGCGGCCCAGGCGCGAGUACAGCCACCGCCUCAAGCACAGGUUCAGAUCAUCCCGCCACCUCCAUCAUCCUCCAAUCUUGGCGUGGCCGGCAUGGGCAUCAACCCGCUCGAUGGCACCCGACCUGCUCGGCCCAGUAUUUCCCUGCAGGUGCCCGAACGGCAGGGGGGAACAGUCCGGCUGGCAACGCCGCCACUGCCACCACUGCCGCCGUCCAUGGUGUCGGUCAAUGGCCUGCCGUCGAACGAACCUCCGGCCCUUCAAGGAGUCCCUAACCAAGGAAUGCCCGCGCCGCAGGCCAAUGGAUGGGAUCCGUUCUCGCAGCCGCCCACAGCCGGAGUGUACGAGACCAACACUGUUCCGACUUCAGCUGGAGCCAGCCAGGCAGGCUCGACGUCCAAGGAAGUGCCUCGCUAUUUCUUCGAGGGCCUAGAGGACCGGACAAAUGUCGACGGACUGAUAUCCUACUUUACCCACGUGCUGCACAACUCGGACUGGGUCGACCCCGAGGGCAACCAGCAGGAGAUUGCCGGCAUGGACGAGUGCACCGCCAUGGUCAACGCGACGGUGGAGCACAUGUACAAGAAUGCAGAGUCGUCCCAGGCUUUUCUCAUCAACCUGGCGGCGUUGUGCGGCGCAAAGAUGCUCAUGACGAACCGUCCGAGGUGCUAUCGGGUCGAGACGUCAGAGGGCGUCUACACCUACUACUUUGACUGGCAGUACCGCUUCGGCCACCUCAAGGGCCAGUUCACCAUGACGCACAGCGUGCCGGUGACCAUGUGGAAGAAGCCGAGCGCGAGAGAGGCUGCCGAGGCUUCGCAAGCAGGCGGCCCGCCGGCGGAGAAUCUGACGACCGAGCAGUGGCAGGCCAAGUACGGCGCGCUGAUGGACGAGCUGGAGAAGCGCGAUCAGGAGCUGUUCAAGAUGCAGAACAUUGUGAUGGCUUCGAUGAGGAGAGACGGCGGUUGA